UCAGGAGAUUCUCUAGGUGGGGCUUUGCGGCCCCUUGGGAGCUCUCAAACUGUCCAAACGCUCGAGGCUUCCGCCGCCUCCCAGCCCAGUCAGGGUGUUUGCCACCCGCGUUGCCCGCCACUGCCUCGUUCCGCCACGCUCCAGACGCAUCUCCCUGUGCCCAGCCCCGGCUCUCCUCUGGCAGGAGGAGGGCCAGAGGGGAGAUGUCGCAACCACCUCCCUCCUCUUUCCCCGCCUUGGCACUCUGUCACCUCCCAGAUGAGCGCGCUCGCAGACCGGUGCUGGCGGUCCUGCGCCCGGCAUGUCCCCCGAGUGCGCGCAGACGGCGAGCACCAGCUCCCUGCGCAGCCUGGAGCAAGCCAACCGCACGCGCUUUCCCUUCUUCUCCGACGUCAAGAGCGACCACCGGGUGCUGCUGAGCACCGUGGAGACCACUGCGCUGGCGUUCAUCUUUGUGGUGUCGCUGCUGGGCAACGUGAGCUCCCUGGUGCUGGUGGCGCGCCGACGGCGUCGCGGCGCCACGGCUAGCCUGGUGCUCAACCUCUUCUGCGCGGACCUGCUCUUCACCAGUGCCAUCCCGCUGGUGCUAGUCGUGCGCUGGACCGAGGCCUGGCUGCUGGGCCCCGUCGCCUGCCACCUGCUCUUCUACAUGAUGACCCUGAGCGGCAGCGUCACCAUCCUCACGCUGGCUGCGGUCAGCCUGGAGCGCAUGGUGUGCAUCGUGCGCCUGCAGCGCGGCGUGCGCGGUCCGGGGCCGCGAGCUCAGGCGGCGCUGCUGGCUUUCAUCUGGGGCUACUCUGCGGUCACCUCGCUGCCCCUCUGCAUCUUCUUCCACGCUGUCCCGCAGCGGUUCCCCUGCGCCGACCAGGAAAUCCUGAUUUGCACCCUGGUUUGGCCCAGCGUCGCUGGAGAAAUCUCAUGGGAUGUGUCUUUUGUUACCCUGAACUUCCUGGUCCCGGGGCUGCUCAUUGUGAUCAGUUACUCCAAAAUUUUGCAGAUCACAAAGGCAUCACGGAAGAGGCUCACCAUGAGCUUGGCCUACUCAGAGAGCCACCAGAUCCUCGUGUCAAAGCAGGACUUUCGUCUCUUCCGCACUCUUUUCCUGCUCAUGAUCUCUUUUUUCAUCAUGUGGAGCCCCAUCAUCAUCAUCAUCAUUCUCAUCUUGAUUCAGAACUUCAGGCAAGACCUGGUCAUCUGGCCUUCCCUUUUCUUCUGGGUGAUGGCCUUCACAUUUGCCAACUCAGCCCUAAACCCCAUCCUCUACAACAUGUCACUGUUUAGGAAUGAAUGGAGGAAAAUUUUUUGCUGCUUCUUGCUCCCAGAAAAGGGAGCCAUUUUUACAGACACGUCUGUCAGAAGAAAUGAUCUGUCCAUUAUUUCUAGCUAGUUAAGGUGGUUUUUUUUCUCUUUUCUGGGAAGAUUCUCUGGUGACCCACAGUGUGUAUUUAAAACAAAUUAAUUUCCAGAACCAUCCCCCAGUGUACCCUGCUUUGGGAAAAUAUAACCUAUGCAAAUGCACAUCUACAGCAUGGGCAAAUUAAGUGAUGAUUAUUCAGUAUAAAAAUAUUUUUCUUUUAUAAAAAGAUCUACUAGGGGUUCCUUUUAAUAUGAACUUUUCAGUGUUUGUAAUAUAAUUGAAGUUAAUAAAUUGUUUUUUAUAGCUGUUCAGGAAUCACAUCCCCUACAUAUAAAGCCACCCCUUAUGGUUUUUAGAUUGAGUCUUGAAACAGAGUGAGGACUCAGAUUGCUCCAUUAAAGGGUCAUGGUCACUCUAGGCCUCUAUUUUGGGCUUGAGACAUUUUCUAGGAACAAUUAAGGAUGAUUUUUUGCCAUUUAUUAAAAAUGCCAUGGACCUUCUCAGGAGAAGCUGAGUCAUGAAAUCAGAAAGAAGGCAGGAAGACUCCAAAAAGUCUCCUAAGGAGAUGACCAUCAUGGAUCCACCCAUCAGAAGACUCUGAAGAACCUGCUGUGGCCAGUGUCCUUGGUUCUGGGAUUGCAGUCAUGAAGCAGAUGGCCAUGGUCCUGCUCUUAGGUAGCUUAUGUUCUUGUCAGAAUGGGAGCCACAUACUAAACAAAGUGAAAAAGCACCCCCUGAAGUAGUAGAGGAUGCUGUGGGAGUGAUGGUCAUUUUGAUGGGGUGGGAAGGGUAUAGGAAGACCUUUCUGAGGAGUGACAGGAGUUGAAAGGUGAAUUGCAAGGAAGAGCCAGCCAGCUGUAUGGAUCCAGGGGAGGGAGGAGAGACAGAUGCUGGUGCAGAGGCUUGCUUAUUGGUCAGAAUGAAGAAUGGUGUGACUCAAGCAAAAACUAACUACUGACUGAGCCCUCUCUGUACUGCACACACUCCCUGAUGCUGGGAUGGAAGGGUGCCCUGUUAGAGCCCAUCAGUGCAUGCCAGAGAAGCUCCAGGUCUAGGCCACCAUAAGGUUAUUCAGUGUUGAAUGGGCACCACUGGAGUUUGCAGCUGCAGACUGAUGACCCCUGAUGAAUGACUUUAAAUAUAACUCUGGCUACUAUGCAAGCAAUGUACUUUGAGAAGCAAGAAUGAAAAUAGAGACCAGUUAGGUAGCUGCUUAAAUACAAAAAGUUGGUGGGCUUCUUGGAAUUGGGUGACAUUAAUGAAGGACUGUGAGAAAUGAUCUUGGAAUAUACUUUGGGAAGGUGGCGCAAAAUAAUUUAUUGAUGGGAAGGAUGUAGAAUUGAGGGAAAGAGGAUUCCAGGAUGGCUCUAGCUUUUUAGCCUGACAAUGGUUGGAUGGGGAAGACUGGGAGAGAAGUGGGCGGGGCGGGGGGGGGCCCAGUGAAAGGGCCAAGAGUUUCAUUUGGAGAAAAUAAGUUAAAAUCCCAGUGAGACAUCCAAAUGGAAAAGGUACAGAGAUGUGGAGGAUGGGCCUGGAAACACAACAUUGUUAGGAGAUAGAGAUGGUGUUUAGAGAUCUAUGGUUUUAUGAAAUACCCUUGGAGAGAAUGGAAAGCAGGAAGAGAGUCAAAGACUGAGCAUAGAGACAAUGCCAACAUUUGGAUAUUGGGUCGAUGAUAAGAACACACAGGUCCUGUCACUUAGUAGGUGCUCAACAAAUCAGUCAGUCCCAGUAGCUACUAUCAUUCAUGAAGAUUCUGGAGCAGCUUGCUUCUGAGAUAAGGUGAUGAACAUGAGUUUAGGGACAAAAGAGGUCAAGGAGGCUUUCUUCACCUUUAGCUAAUUGAUACGGUAAAUUAAAGCUCCUUUUUGAAGAGAUGCAUGGAUAUUUUCUGUCUUUGGGAUCGUCAGAUUGAAGCCAAGGAGAGAGGCUCUGAGCCUGCUGCUCCAUGAGAGCGAAAGGCAGAGUUUUCCCACCUGUCUCCUCUACUUUUGGUGGAGACUAAGGCACAUGGGGUGAGGACCUAACCCUACACCUCCCAGUGCCCUUUACAGACAUCAAACUGGCAGUGUUGGACAGCUCCUACAUAGGCUAAGAGGGUGUCUCAUUGAAUCACCCUCAGGCAGGUGUUGUUUUCCCACAUUUCAAGAGAGAAAUGUGGGGCUCAGAGAAGUCACAUUUCCAGCCCCCAUCACACUAAUAUGUGAGCUGGAUUUAGACUUAAAAUCCCUGCCCACUCCAAAUAGGGGCAUUGUGUUCUUUCCUCUAGACCUGGCUUCUAGGGCCCCAUCUCCCAACUUCCCCAGAGAAACCUAAGGCUGCCUUCCCCACAUACUAGAGACAGCGAAGGAUGGGGUUGCUUACUAGUGCUCAUCCUGACCCAUGCAUCUCAGCCUCUCACGCCCAGCCAGGGCUGAGCCCACUGCACUGCCUACUCAAGGCCCAGGGCUGACAGCCUUGGGCUUGCUGGUGUGGCCUGGCCACACUCUCUUUUUGGCCAAGGUGGUGAUUGAGGCUUUCUGGGUUAAUGGGGAAACCCUUUUUCAGGAAGUUGAGAGAAGCCACAGUUUUUAAUAAUGCAGAUGAGGCAUGACAACUGGCCAAAAGUCCCAGAGAACAGGAGGAAAGAAUGCCCUCAUGGUAUAUAAAAAUACACUCCCACCUUCAGCCCAUGAAUACAAAUAAAAUUCAAAUCAUAGGAAGCUGGUGACUAUAUUUUAAUAAAUCAAAGUUUGGAAUCCCAACCCUCAAAUAGUCCCUCAGAAAACUUCAGUAGGACAUACAUUUGAUGUGAACAAA